AUAUAUGUAUGAUCCUUUAGGAGGUGGUGACCUUUGAGGAUGUGGUCGUGAACUUCAGCAAUGAGGAGUGGACUUUGCUGAGUCCAUCCCAAAAGAAGCUCUACAGAGAUGUGAUGGGCGAAACCUUUAGGAACAUGACUCUGAUAGGAGGACUCUGGGAUAUCCAGGAAGCUGAAAAAGAAGGCAAAAUUUACUGGAGCUACUUAAGAAAUGACAAGCUAGGGAAAUCCUAUGGACAUACAUCUGGAGAUGUAUGGAAUCAGUGUAAAGAAGUCUUCCUUGGUACUGAAGAAGGUAAUGUGAAUGUGAAAGAAACAGAAACACAUGACAAUGUUCAGAUCCAUGAAAAAUAUUGCAGUGGAGGGAAACCCUAUGUAUGCAAGCAAUGCGGGAAAGGUUUUACCACACUUGGAAUUUGUAAGAAACAUGAAAGAAUUCACAGAGGAGAAAGACCCUACAUAUGUAAUCAAUGUGGGAAAGCUUUUACAACACGUACAUAUUGUCAAGUACAUGAAAGACUUCACUCUGGAGAAAAACGUUAUGAAUGUGAGCACUGUGAGAAAGCUUUCAGCACACACACUUAUUGUGUAAUCCAUGAAAAACUUCACACUGGGCAGAAAUCGCAUAUAUGUAAGAAAUGUAGGAAAGCUUUUAGCAGUAAAAUUCAUUUUCAAAUACAUGAAAAUGUUCACAAUGCAGAGAAACCCUAUGUGUGUAAGCAAUGUGGAAAAGGUUUCACCCAACUUGGACGUUGUAAGGAACAUGAAAGAAUUCACACGGGAGAGAAACCAUAUGUAUGUAAGCAAUGUGGGAAACCUUUUACCACACAUGGAUAUUGUAAGAAACAUGAAAGAAUUCACACUGGAGAGAAACCAUAUGUUUGUAAGCAAUGUGGGAAAGCUUUUAACACAUGGGGAGACUGUAAGAGACAUGAAAGAAUUCACACUGGAGAGAAACCAUAUGUAUGUAAGCAAUGUGGGAAAGCUUUUAACAGACGGGGAGUUUGUAAGAGACAUGAAAGAAUUCACACUGGAGAGAAACCAUAUGUUUGUAAGCAAUGUGGGAAAGCUUUUAACACAUGGGGAGACUGUAAGAAACAUGAAAGAAUUCACAGUGGAGAGAAACCAUAUGCAUGUAAGCAAUGUGGGAAAGCUUUAAAAACACAGGGAGAUUGUAAGCAGCAUGAAAGAAUUCACACUGGAGAGAAACCAUAUGUAUGUAAGCAAUGUGGCAAAGCUUUUAACACACGUGCAAACUGUAAGGGUCAUGAAAGAAUUCACACUGGAGAGAAACCAUAUGUUUGUAAGGAAUGUGGGAAAGCUUUUAACAGACGGGGAGUUUGUAAGAGACAUGAAAGAAUUCACACUGGAGAGAAACCAUAUGUUUGUAAGGAAUGUGGGAAAGCUUUUAACAGACGGGGAGUUUGUAAGAGACAUGAAAGAAUUCACACUGGAGAGAAACCAUAUGUAUGUAAGCAAUGUGGAAAAGCUUUUAGCACACGGGGAGAUUGUAAGAUACAUGAAAUCAUUCACACUGGAGAGAAACCAUAUGUAUGUAAGCAAUGUGGGAAAGCUUUUAACAGACGGGGAGUUUGUAAGAGACAUGAAAGAAUUCACACUGGAGAGAAACCAUAUGUUUGUAAGCAAUGUGGCAAAGCUUUUAAAACACGUGCAAACUGUAAGGGUCAUGAAAGAAUUCACACUGGAGAGAAACCCUAUGUAUGUCAGCAAUGUGGAAAAGGAUUCACUAGUUCUGGACAUUGUAAGCAACAUGAACGCAUUCACACUGGAGAGAAACCAUAUGUAUGUAAGCAAUGUGGGAAAGCUUUUACCAAACAUGGAUAUUGUAAGAAACAUGAAAGAAUUCACACUGGAGAGAAACCAUAUGUAUGUAAGCAAUGUGGGAAAGCUUUUAGCACAUGGGGAAAUUGUAAGAAACAUGAAAGAAUUCACACUGGAGAGAAACCCUAUGUAUGUAAGCAAUGUGGGAAAGCUUUUAGCACAUGGGGAGGUUGUAAGAAACAUGAAAGAAUUCACACUGGAGACAAACUCUUACGCAUGUAAAUAAUGUGGGAAAGCUUUUAAAAUGCAGUGUAACAUAAGAGACUAGACUAAUAUCACUCUGAACAGUGAAUAAUAGUAUCCUGAGAAGGAGAAAGGUGAGGAAUUGCCUAAAAAUAGAAGGCAGAGGACAUUGUUAAAAGUGUAUCAGGAUUUAAAAUCUACAGUAGUCUUGUUGCUCUAUUUAGUUUGGUUAUAUUUUGUUCUUGUCUGUCUACUCAUAUUAGAUUUGAGGGCACACAGAGAUAACCCAAAAAUAGCAGGUUAUACCAUGGUAACUAUCCUUAAUUUCCUAUUAACUAAAACUGAAACCCUAUAUUACUUACAUUAUCUUCUAUGACUGAUCUUCUUUGAAGCUGGUUUGUUUGAAUGUUAUUUGGCCUUGACUGAUUUUAUUCACUGUGGGUAUGCUUGCUAGUAUCAAGUUCAAGAGAAGAGGCAACUUCUCAGAAGAUGACAAGAUGUAAAAGAUAUCCAUUAGUGGGCUGGGGAUUUAACUCAGUGGCUUAAGCACCUGCCUGGCAUGUGUGAGGUCAUGAGCUGGAUCUCCAGUGAACAGUCAAUCAAUCAAUCAAUAAAUAAAUAAAUAAAUAAAAGAUAUCCAUUCCAGGUUUGAUUAUUUUUUAAUUAAAGAGAACAAAGAUAGGAAAUGAAAAACAAAGCAGUAAAAGGGUACAAGUAAUACAGAAUUUCAAGAAAAAAUUCAGUAAGAAAUCACUAGUUAAUAGGUUACAUCUUGUCACCUUAGAAACAGUUGUCCAAAUUAUAAAAUUAAAGCAUAUAAAGUGGACAUUCAUACAGUGAGAUUGCAGAAAGUUCUGUUCAAUGAUCCAACAAAAGCUCAGUAAUAUGGUUUUCCAUCCUACACACUCAAGCAUGCAGUUAUAUCCCUUACACCACCUUCCUUUCCUGUUUAUUACAAUAACAAUUACACUUUUUGAGUUUUUUUACUCCCACAGUUCUUAUUACAUUUUUUUGAAGAGAAUAAAUCCUAACAUGACUAAAUACAACAGAGUCAGUUAGAACAGAAGGGUGGGCAUAGGACAUGAUGCAAAAAUAGAGUAUCAGAUGAUCAAAAAUAGUUACCAUUGUUCCUCUUGCUAUUUUUAAAGAGAGUUGCCUAUAAUAGAAUGGAUCAAAACAGUACAGAACAAGACCAAUAAAACCUACACUGGAGACCUUACAAUAUCUCAAAAGAAGAUAAUAGUGAAACUAUAAUGGUAUCAUAGUAAAUCUUAUUGCCUUCAAAGUGGUUGCCUAUACCCUCAAACUUGAUACUAUCAAACACAUAGAAUAUAGUAAAAUCAGACAGAACAAGAUGGGGAGAGCAAUACUGGGGUUCAAAUCAGGUUAAUAGGAAAACAAAUAGUUACUAUAAUAUAUGCCAAUAUUUUUAAAUUUAGUUUUCCCUUAAUUGAAAUAAAAAUAGUUUAAUUUUUAAAAAAGGAUGGAGAUUGAGAUAAAAUAGGACAUUGUAAUAGAACAACACUUGUCAGAAUGGAACAAUUUAAGCAUCAUUGUAUUUCACUCCCAGAUAAUCUAACAUAAUAGUAGUCACCAUAGUGCCUCAUUCCUUGAAUUAUUUGAGUAUAACUUUGUAUACUAUAGCAUCAAGCAUAUCAAGACAGUGUGAAGCCAUUCAAGAGAAUGAAAGAAUUACAGGGUAUUUAGAAACAGUUAACAGAAAACAAACAAUGGUUUCUAUAUUAUCUCCUUGCCUAUAAAAAUUUUUCUUUAUACUAUCACAUAUAGUAAAAUAUAGUAAGAUACAACAUGUUAAAACCAGUGGAAACAGAUGGUUUGUGAGAGAGGGACCAUUCUUACACCAGUGAGAUUGAGCCCAGUAUUGAUCAUGUUGGUUAAUUUUGAAUAUGCUGGUGAGUUAACGUGGCAAACAUAAAGCUGAACACAUUUCUGUAUGUUUGGUAGGAAUAUUAGCCAACAGAGUGUUUUCAUUUAUAUUAUUCUUAACACAUUAUUAUCUGGCUUCAUUCUCAGAAUUAUUUUGUCACAUAAAAGAAGUUGGUGGUGGUUUUUCCUUCAACUUGAUUGAAGAAUUGAAAAACAAUCAGUAUUCUUUAUUAUAUACUGGAUAAAAUUCACCAGUGCACGUACUGUAUCCCAGCUUUGUUGUUGUUAUUAAGCAGCUGUGAUGUUUACCCAUUGCCUGUGCUCCUUAUUGCUCUGUUCAUCAGACUAUUUCCUUCUGAUGCAUGUGGUUUGGGGACAUCAAUGGACACCAGAUAUCCAUUAAGGGUCACAUCUCAUUUUACUUACGGAUGCUACCAUUUAUUUUGUAUCUUCAAACUAUCUCUAUAAUAUAUAAUUGUGUGAGUAACUCCUUUCAGUUACUCACAUUUAAUACACAUUCUUGCAGGAUGUGGUUACGGCUGGAGGAAACUGGGCCUGGUGAGUGCCUGGUCUCUUAUUUAAGGAUUCAUACCCUGACCUGCCUGCAGUGUCCCCAUCUCCUGACCUGCUCCCUGUAAACAUCUGUCCUGCUCCAUAGCUAUGGUGAGUCCACAUGUGGCAGUUCAGAUCUUCAUCUGGGUGGAAAACAUUCAGUCAGGUUGGGCUCUGUAACAGACUGACCUUCUCAUACAGAGCUGCCCUGAGUGAGAGAGGGGGCCUCAGGCAUGUAGGGAGAAGCUCUGGAAACAUUCCAGCACUCUGCUGUCCAGAAUGCAGUGUGUGAUGCUUUCCUGAGAACUUACUCAAGGAUGAGGUGGCCUUGACCUGGGCCUUUUUUAUCCAUGGUUCCUGCUAGGUGCCAUUGUGUCCUGCACCUCUGCCUGGACCAUCUCUCUGACUUUAGAUCUCCACAUGGAUCUGAGCAGACACAGUCUUCCUCUACCAGGCUCUAACUCUAUGCUGAGGCUUCAAGUGUAAAAUCUGUGACCCUCAAGUUCAUCUUAUAUAAAUUUAACCUGGAAAUUUCACUUCUAGGGGUCAUUAUAAAAAUGACAUUGACAGACACCAUAUUCUCUUCUUAAUCAGUUAAGGUGUGGACUGUUAGAAACCAUGAACUUACCACAGCACAGAUGCUGAGUUAAUUAUAAAUCACAGCCACUGAAAAUGCUGAAAGAAGGCCAUGUCCUAGGAUAUGUCCCUGAUCUUUCCUGAGAUGGAAGAGAGCUUGUGUUCUGGCUCUCUCUCCACCCAGCAGUGAAGAGACACAGGCCUGCACAGCAGGUGAGGACAGGAGAGAGGAGCUGGUCAAUGGCAGACCUGUCAUCUUGGGAGGGAUGCCUUUGGGGUUUUUCCAUUUUAUUUUCCACUGCAUUAUUUAUAGUGCUCCAUUCAGUAUUACUUCUGUUCAAUUCACUUAAGAAUAAAUAGUUGGUAUUUUCUUGAAUAGGUAAGUGGAAAUGGAUGACUUAGUAUUCUUUUAUAUGUAAUGUAGGAUAUGCAUAUAGAAGAACAUUCAAGCUUCACUUUAUAGUUACAUAAAAUAAGGAGUCUUUUUAUUCAGAAAGGCAACACAUCAUUCAUGACUAACUUUUAAACCCCAAGAUAUGAAGCCAUGCGAAUCCCGCUGUGGUGUGUGUCCUGCCCUCCCUACCUGAGAAGUCACUGUGUUCAUCUGUGUCUCGUAGAGGACACCCAGAAUCUUCUUCAGAGUCUCUUUUUCCGGCAAGGAGGACUUGAAUCUUCCUGUGCUCAGGCCAAGCAGGGAGUGUGCAGCAUGCAGAGGAGCCCUGCACCUCCUGCCUUACACACAUUUCCACCACCGCAUCCAUGCUGCAGCCCUGCAGGCCCAAUAAGGCAGAGCUACCAGGGUGCAGCAAAGACUCUGCCACCUCAGCCCCAGGGGCCUCAACUCCUGGGUCCUGGCCUCAGCCUCCAUCAGGCUCCACGCUCUGCCAUGGAUUGGACAUUCUUAGUGGGCCAGACACACCAUCAGUGCCUUGGUGCAAAGUCCAUUUUCCACAGUGAGCCUUCCAUUCUGCAAAUUUUGAUCCAUUCCUUUCUAAAUGAGGCUGAGGCAUUGGAGACAAAACCCCACAAAUUGACAUUACUUUUUGUUUUGUUUUUUUUUUUCUUUUCCUUCUUCUCUUUCUUCUUCUUCUUCUUCUUCUUCUUCUUCUUCUUCUUCUUCUUCUUCUUCUUCUUCUUCUUCUUCUUUUCUUCUUCUUCUUCUUCUUCUUCUUCUUCUUCUUCUUCUUCUUCUUCUUCUUCUUCUUCUUCUUCUUCUUCUUUUUCUUCUUCUUCUUCCUCGUCCUCUUCCUCUUCCUCUUGCUCUUGCUCUUUGUCUUCAUCUUUUUUCUUCUUCCAGGUUUCUUUGAUGCUUUAAAUAAGUAUUUAGAGGUGCAUUUUGCCAAAAAACUUUCCUUGUCUUUUCACACCCCAGUUAACUGAAAUUUUUAAAGAUUUCUGCUGUAGUUCACACCCUAUGUGUUUGAACACUCAGAAUCCAUUCUGCAGCUUAGUAGAAUGAGGGAAGCAAAGCAGAAAGUGAACUUGGGGAUGUGACUGUGCCUUCUAAGACUCCAACUCAUAUCUUUUUACCUCAAAAAUAUGUGCUUCUGUAGCAGCUGAGUCUGGCACAGACAAAAUGAGUUUCCUGCAUGUAUAUCAGACAAUCUCAUUUCCUCACAAGCACAUUGUAUCAGGUUUCUUAUGGCCAAACUUGAAGAAUUAUUUCCAGUACAUGAGAGGCUGCCACUGGUCCUGAAAUCAUGAUGGAACUUUUUGUAAACACGUAGUCUGAUCUACACCUUGGGACAGAAGCUAAAAGAGGCAGAGAUGGCUGGCACAGAUAGAAGCACCUCAAAAUUGUCAACCAACAGCAGCAGCAAGCAGGAACCAAGUUGCUGAGCUUUCACAAUUGGGUGAUGGAAUCAUGUGGUGGAUUGUGCCCUGGGUUUACUGAGGCAACUCAGUACAUCUAAGUUGCUGCUUCCAUCCCCUUUCCUUCAGUGCAAUACAAACAGAAAGUCAUGCACAUACAUCAUUUAUUUGCAAUUUUUCUGUUCCAGGAACAAAACCUGUAUUCAUGAGAGUCCACAUCUCUGCCAAAGCAGACCCACCCACGGGCAUUACCACAAUGUCUUGUAAAGGAUCACUUUAUUUAUACAAAACACAGAGCAAUGCUCCCAGCCUUGAUUUUUCCAGACUGGUGCAUUUUCAGUCAUUUCUUGAAGGGAAGCUAAACGAUUUAGUUUGAGUAAACCAAGUGUGUUGCUGUGCUUCUGUGUGACAUCCUUGCUGCCAGACCUGAUGAAGGCAAUGAGUGGGAUCCGCUGGAGCUUUAGCUCCAGAGGGACAUACUUAGCACAGCUGUGACAGGCAGUGCUGCCCCUCACCUGACUGGCCACCCAGGUUUUCAAAUGCCCUUUCCCAGUGCUGUUACUGGCUUCGGGAGUCACUGGAUUGCAGUGGAGAUGCCCAGUGCACUGGUUGGCCCAGGGAAAACCUUGUUUUGGCAUGAGUUGGUCAUCGUUAGCCCUGCAGAUCUGUUGCCCUGGGGCCAGGGCAAGGUUCCCCCAGCUGCAGUGAACAGCAUCAUCCAGACAACUCUCCUGUGCACACUCUACGCAGAGGCUAGGGAGGGUCCCAGUUCCUUCCUGCUUCAAAGAGUACUGUGAAUCAAACUCUUGAAAAUUUGUGCAGCAUUCUGUGUGGGAGAAAACUCUAUUCUUAGUCCCAGGGAAGGCUGUUUAGAGCUCUGAUGGGAGCUGCAAGAUAGGGCUGUGCUCUGCCCCUCAUGUCCUUCCCAUUGUUGUUCAGCACCUGCCUUAAAAUAUGUCACUGGAUGGGGAAACAGCACAUUUCAAAGAUGUGUGCCUGCAUGAAUCAGGCUUAGGAGUCUCAGUGUUUUGUGUGCUUGUUGGCCAUGUCUGGUAAUUUACUUUGAGUUAGAAAAAUUUGUCAUUUCCCUCACAAAAUGGACUCAUGAGACCUCUUUAAUACUUGUAAUAAAAACCAUCUAUCUGACUAAGGUUGUAAAGAAA